CGAGUGUGCAUACUGUUUAAAAUAAUUUAGCAACCGUGCAUUUUCUUGAAAGCAUUGAACCUCUUUACCCCAGUAGUAUUUUUUAUGAGGAAUGAACACAUUAAAAUGAGCAAAAAAGGUAAUGAAACAUGUACUCAGCGUAAAAGAAGGUUGGAGAAACAAAGAAAAAAACACCAAGAACGGGUUUCAAAAGAGAACAAAGAAGAAAAAGAUAAACGACUUGUGAAGCGAAGGAAACGGUUCGUAGAAGAAGGCUUCGAAGAACGUGAAUUGCGGUUGAUAAGGGAUCGUGACCAACAUGUAGAAAGGAGGGAAAAAGAAACAAUGGAGGAACGGAAAUUGCGGUUGAUAAGGGAGCAUAACCAACAUGUAGAAAGGAGGGAAAAAGAAACGAUGGAAGAACGUGAAUUGCGGUUGAUAAGGGAUCGUGACCAACAUGUAGAAAGGAGGGAAAAAGAAACGAUGGAAGAACGUGAAUUGCGGUUGAUAAGGGAUCGUGACCAACAUGUAGAAAGGAGGGAAAAAGAAACAAUGGAAGAACGUGAAUUGCGGUUGAUAAGGGAUCGUGACCAACAUGUAGAAAGGAAGGAAAAAGAAACAAUGGAGGAACGUGAAUUGCGGUUGAUAAGGGAGCAUAACCAACACGUAGAAAGGAGGGAAAAAGAAACAAUGGAGGAACGUGAAUCUCGCUUGAUAAGAGAUCGUUCUUUACAUUCACAGAAAUUAAAAGCGUCUAACUCUGAACUGACAGCCUUUUAUCACGCAAUCAACUCUGUAAGUAAUCAAAGUUGUGAAGUGUGCACAAAACUAUGCUACCCGAGUCAAAUUCACACAUCUCAGUGUAGUCAAGCUGCAUUGUCGUACCUUCCAGUUGAGUUGUUAGCGAAGCAGGUAUUGAGGAUGUGUUACCGUUGCCACGCCCAUGUUACUAGUAAAAAAAUAGUUGGACCUUCUAAAGCCUAUUGGAAUAAUUUGGAUCCAGGUAAAAUCCCACACCCUUUUGAAAAGUUAACUCAGUCUGAACAAAGGUUGCUCGCAAGAGUCAUACCAUUUGUUAAAAUAAUAAAAUACAAUGGAAUAUUCGGACAGUAUGGUUUUAAUGGACAGGCAGUGCUAUUUGCCCAAGAUAUAUUCGAGGUGACUGAAAAACUACCGAAGAUGCUUCCGAGGUCGAUGGACAAAAUGGGACUCGUGGUGGUGACGGAAAGUCUCGAAAAUUUAAACAUUACUCGUGAGUUCUCCAUCUCUCGCAGCAGGGUUUUUGACGCACUUGACUGGUUAGUUGCUAAUAAUCCACCGUACAAAGACGUCAUCAUAGAUCAGGAUGCAGAACUUAAUGAGCAGCAUCUGAUUCGUGUCAAAGAAGAUCAAGGACAGAACCAGAUGCCGCUAAUGGAGAACACAGAAAUUGUAAGUUUUUACAUGCCUAUAAACGAUGUAUCAAGAAUCGUCCGAGCUUCGUGGCAUCAAGCAAAUCCUGAUGUUUUUACAUCAGGUUUUGCUGGCCUUCAGUGCUGUGCAAUGGUUUUGGCUAAUGUCGUCAGAGCUAAAAUAUUGGCGCCAAACAGAUGGACGACCAACAUAUUAAACAGCAACAUGAUCGAGGGUGAUGCUAUGUAUGCUAUGAUACGGUCUCUAACCCACCCAAGCGCAGAACACCCAAUAGAUGAAAGUGGAUAUUUAGAGGUGUCAAAUUUCAUAGUAAUCAAGAACAAAUUUACUAUUUUUAAAAAAACAUUUUCCAUCACAUAUGAUGACAAUACACCAUUUUACGGAGUUCUGCGGGAUGAAGUAAAUCUAAAAAAUGGAGUAGGCAUGGCAUUGAGAACAGCUCUUAAUGAAAUGUUCCGUCAACAUCAAGCUGGCAUUCUAAUUGCUAACUCAAAAUCGCUUGGGGUUAUGCAAUAUGAAGGCAAAUAUUAUUUCACCGAUUCCCAUUCAUGUGGUCCAAAAGGCGCAAGCGCUGAUAACGGCAGAGCAUGCAUUAUUGAGUGCGAUUCAAUAGAGGAACUACAUCGGAUUUGUAAAAGAGCAACUGGGUCAAAAAAUAUGCAAUAUACAAUCAAUUUUAUUGAUGUGUAUUUAAUAAAUGACGCUAACAAAAAUGACACACAUCAACAGUUACAACCAGAAGUGGUUACAUCCCUCGAUCAUGUCAGUCACAUGUCAGCAGAAUCUUCAAUGGAUACUGAACAUGUACAUUCAAUACCCGUGGAGACAUCUGUCAUGGCACCAAUCAACUGUAACCAGCCAGACGUAGAUGAAGAAUUUGAAGUCUCAAAUAAUAUUAAUCAAAUAGUUCGCAAAACUAAUGAUAAUAUUGUUAAUCACACUCACGAAUUGAAAGCUGAGGAGCUUGCCUGGUUCUUUCUUUUUCCUUAUGGAAUUAAUGGAUUCAAACAAGAUAGGCAAGUUAGAAUAACACCUCUGGACUAUUACCAAUACAGAAUUAUGGGAAGUGACACAAGGUUUCAACGAAACGAUUAUCUUUUUUAUGCACUGUCUAUGUAUGAAUAUUAUAAGGUGAAGGCUUCCAUUUCUGCAUGUGGAAAACUGGUUCAAGGGCAAGAUGGUCAGGUCGAAGAUAUUCAUUUGUAUCUGAAAAAUGUUCGUGGAACCGCAGCCUAUUGGCAAACGGCACUUAAUGAACUGAUUGGACAAAUACGAUGUCUGGGCCCACCUACGUAUUUUGUAACGCUGAGCUGUAAUGAUUUACACUGGCUUGACAUGCGCAAAGCUUUGUUAGUGGCUGACGGAAGACCGGAUGAGAAUCCGAACAAUUUGACCACAUAUGAAACACAGCGAUUGAUUGAACAAUUUCCUGUUGUAGUUAGUCGGCAUUUUAUGAUACGACUCAACGCUCUAAUGAAAUUUGUAAAGAACAACCAAGAGGUGUUUGGAGGUCAUUUGAAGGAUUACUGGUGGCGAAUCGAGUUUCAAAACCGUGGUAGUCCCCACUUACAUAUGUUAGUGUGGAUUGAAAACCAUCCCUCUUUCGAUACGCCAGAGGGAAUCGCAAUUUUGGAUCAAAUAUGUAAGUGUGAGAUCCCAUUAGAAAGUUCUGAUUUGUAUGAACUUGUCAAAAAAUGUCAAAUUCACCGUCAUACAAGCACCUGCAAGAAAGGGGAUAAUCCUUCACUAGUGUGUCGGUUUCGUUUUCCAAGACCAGUUCAGGCUGCAACUGCUAUGAUUGCAGAAACAUCUGAUGAAUUCAUUCGAAAUGGCGGAAGAAUAUGCUUGUUAAAAAGAGGACAGGAUGAUAUAUGGGUAAACAGUUACAAUCCUACUCUUUUAAAGAUUUGGGGUGCAAAUAUGGAUAUUCAACCGUGUGGAUCUAAUGAGUCUAUUGCAUACUAUAUAGCGAAGUACAUAGCCAAAUCAGAGCCUACGGAGCUAGCCCUUGCCAUCAGACAAGCAAUUCAAGAAAUCCAGAGGGAAGAUUCAGAUGUGUCUCGAAAACUGUUCAAGAUUUGCAUGAGAAUAAUGAACGAACGGCAAGUUUCUGCCUGUGAAUGUGUGUACAGAUUAUGCCACCUCACUGUCAGAGACAGCUCACGCAAAUGUAUUUUCUUGAAUACUCGACAGCCACAACAAAGGUACAGAGUACUUAAAUUUCACGAGUCUGGCCAAUCAACUGGAUAUUGUGCCAAUAUUUUUGAUCGCUAUGAAAAAAGACCUCUGGAACACGCAGACUACAAUUUCAACCAAAUGUGCUUGAUUGAGUUCGCAAUGCUAUUUGAGCCCUACUAUGCAAAGCAACAAGAUGCUAUGACAUUAAAUAUUGACGAGGAUGCAUAUGAAACCGAACAGCGCACUAAAAGGAGGUUAAUUACUCUUAUAGACGGUAGCAAAAUGACCAUAAGAAAAUUGCCAGCUGUUGUAAGAGUACCUUACUUUGUAGCCUCGACAGAUGGUGAAAAUUACUUUUAUAGCCUUCUACUCCAGUACACUCCCUACCGCAGAGAAGAAGAGCUACUGAAUGAUUUCGCCACAGCGAGAGAAGCAUUUUUGGCUAACGAAGAAAAUCUAAAAGUAACAAAUGCACAUAUGGAGUUGUAUCGCGAACGUGACAAGCAAUUGGAGAAUGCUUUUAACCAAGUUCACGCGCUUCAAAUUCUUGAAGAAGCAACACCAGCUCAUCUGGAAGAUGACUGUGUAGAAGAGGCCCACGAUAUACCAGUUGAUGAGGAAAAGUUCAGCUCGGCACAAAAAGCAAUGAACGUAGACCAGCGACAUUUGUUUCGAAAGGUGACCGAAAGUGUCCUUAAACAACUAGAUGGAGGCAGUGAAAGGCUGAAACUCUUUAUUACUGGUGGAGCUGGUGUUGGCAAAACAUUUAUCCUGAGCCUGCUCAGAGUUCAGAUCAAUCGAUGCUUUGCGAAAAAUGCCGUCAUCGUCUCGGCUCUAACUGGGGUCGCAGCCCGAUUAAUUGGUGGCUCAACUCUCCAUAGCACACUGAAACUCCCGGUUCAAAGAGACGGUCGGAGUGCCAACAUGUGUCCUUUGACAGGAAAUUACCUCAGAGUAAUGCGUACACAAUGGAAAAAUGUCGAGUGUAUCAUAAUAGAUGAGAUAUCGAUGGUAUCCUAUCAGAUGCUUUGUAUGAUCGACAUGCGCAUCCGUCAGCUGAAGAAUAAUUACGAUGAGUUUUUCGGAGGCAUUAAUGUACUGCUGUUUGGUGACCUAAUGCAGCUGCCACCAAUCAGACAGGGUGUUAAUACACCUGUUUAUAAACAGCCCGACUAUCUUCAACCAUCCACCCAUUUAUGGCGACUAUUUUCCCUGUGUGAACUAUCGCAAAACACGAGGCAGCAAGGAGAUGAUACCUUUAGAAACUUGUUGAAUGCGUUGAGGGUUGGUGAGAUGAGCGCUGAACAUUUUGCUACCCUGACUGACAAGCUUAUAGAAAACAAACCAACAGGAGACUUCGGCAUUGAUAAAGCUUUGCGCAUAUACCCAACAAAUGAGCAAGUCAAUACGCACAAUGAAAUUGUGCUGCAGUAUUUUAGAUCUAUUAACACCGAUAUAAUUAGGAUAAAAGCCCAGGACCAGUUGAUUGAUGCCACAAGAAACACAGAUAAUGUUGACAUACAUACACUAUUUCCCACAGACAUCAAUAAAACGGGUGGCCUACCAAGAACAAUUGAGAUUUUUGUUGGAGCAAAGGUCAUGCUUCGAUCGAACAUUGACGUGUCGAAGGGAUUAGUAAAUGGCGCUAUUGGGUAUAUUACAGAUAUUAUAUGGCCACAUUUUCGCCGUGCCCAAAUUUAUGACACAGACAUACCUUCAGUAAGAAUUGAUUUCGGCAAAGAUGGUGUACAUGAAGUUAAGCCAAAAUCAGUGCAAUUUUCUGCCAAGUACAACUACGGAACUGCUGAGAGAAGAAUGUUACCCUUAAUACUGUCAUGGGCAUCAACUGUACACAAAAUGCAAGGAUGUACAGUAGAUCACGCUGUCGUGUAUUUGGGGCCGAAGCUGUUUGAAGCAGGGCAAGCUUAUGUGGCACUGAGUAGGGUUCGCUCAUUGGACGGCCUUCGUAUAGAAGAACUGGACUGCAGAAAACUGACAGGAAAGACACCCUGCAACAACGAAGCUUUAUCCGAGCUAAAUAGACUGAAGAACACUUUAAGUCAACUCAAACUUUAGCUAUAAA